AUGUGCAGUCACCUGGACUUUCUGUGGGAGUCGAUUGCGUCAUCGGCUACCGAAACGCCAUCAGCAGACGUCAACGCUGCGGCUGCUUCAAUGCCCACGCACCCACGCACGCGGCUUGUUCUUCAGCUUCUCGCCUUGGAAGCUCUUCGACAAGAGCAGCGGCGCGGCGUUUUUCCGCUGAGUUCUCCGCCGCACUCCUCUGUGUCGACCGCCGCAUCCCUUCUGAAGGCGCCUAGCGGGGCGGCGACCCCCGCUGCUGCUGCUGCUGCACCGAUUGCUGGCAGUUCUCUACGCCUUAUGUCCUUUUGUCACCAUGACACCCGCUUUGAGGCGGGCGGUUUGCCUGUUGUGCAUCACUGGCUCUGGCAGCGUGCUGCGGCGCUUCCGUCCGGGCUGGCCGUGGCCGAGUCUCCCUAUGGCGACCUCAGUGCUCUCAUGAUGGAGUGGGCGACGCUGGCGCUGCCGGCGUGGCUGGAGAGCGCAGAAGAAGUGCGGUGGCGAUGCGAGCGUGAUGAGGCGCUGCGCCUUGUGCGUGAGAGCGCCACCGCAGCAGCGGUGUGCAGCUCUGCCAACCUGGAAAAGGAAGCGCGAGAGGCGGAAGAAACGGCUGCACGAGUGCCUGAUUGCUGCACCAGACCCGGCACUCGUGCAGCUGACACUGUCGCCGCGAAGAGUGUUAGCAGCCUCAGCCGCGACCAAGCCGCAUUCAUGCCGCAGGUGGAGGACGCCAACGAUGAAGGUGUGCCAGAGCCAUCAUUGACUGCCGUACCCGAACCGCUAUUGACGUCCGCUGCGGAUGGCGCACCUUCUUCCCCUCCUCGACGAGUGUUGCAGCUCGUCGUUGCGGCGGCAGCGAACCCAGCUACCGCGCAGAAGGCCGAUCCCACCAUCGCCAAAACUACUGCUGUCGCCCCGUUGCCCAGGCCAGCUGCGGAGAGCGAAGAGGUACUGGUGAAGGAAACUGGAAGGGAGCCAACGAGUGUAUCGGGCACCGCUUCAUCCUUUCUAAUGACGCCACCGCUGCAGUCCCAGGUUAGUGACACGCCGGCGAUGAGCUCAGCAAAUACCGCUGGUAGCGGCGAUGGCGACAUGGGAGUCAAGAAGAGAUUGGCCAUACAACUGCUCCGCACCACCGGCAGCAUAGAUGUCCCUCGAGCGGCAGCUACGACUGCCACAACCAUCGUCGCGGAGCCUUCGUGUAACACUGCCAUCGACGACGUGGUGGCGAGAGUAGCUACGAGGCCGCCAAUGCUACUCAGCGACGAGGGCGUCACAGAUGACGAUGACGAAGUGCGAGGGUCGAUGGCCGAGACGAACGACAGCGCUCAGGAUGCCAGCGCACUUGUCUCACCAGCUUCAGAGGCAACGGAGAACACCGCUGCGUGCAUGUGGUCGCGCCUGCGUCGGUGGCGACGUAUCGCUCCUGUUGUACUGGAUGCCCCUCCAGGCAGCGAGGCAGCACAGGACGUGUGCACUGUGCUGGAGGCGCUGGGCUUUGCGACGGCUGGCGAGGUCGACUGUGUCGACAAGAGUCUGACCGAGCUGGCACCGUCUUGUUGCGCAGCGCAGGCGUCUGGAGAGCCGCUUAAGGGGCCGAAGGUGCCCGCCUCACGCUGUUUCACCGAGGGUGCAGCAUGCGCGCGGAUGUCUCUGUGUCCUCUCGGGCGUCUGCCUCCUCUCCUCGCCGCGCAUGCGUGGCUGUCGAACACAUCGCUUCGAUCAUCAUGGCUCGCCUACAUUAUUGCAGUUCCGUCUCCAGAAUGCUCGCUCGCUGUUGGCCACGACGGCAGGGAAGUUUGGCUAACGGACGAAGGGACGGCGCUGGUGUCUUCCAGCGACGCGCAGGCCACUCCGCUGCCCGUGCCCGUGUCGUCGCCUUCAUCCUCGGCGCACUGCAGCGGGGACACGCCUCCUCGCCCGCAGAUGCCCUCAGCAUCUCCUGCGCUGUCCUGCAUCGCGUUGGCGGACCAUCGCGUGUUUGCGAUGCUCGAUGAGCUGCUGUGGUGCGCACAUCCAUCUGCAAGCGCCUUUCUGCUUAGUUUCGAGGAGAACUUGCACAGGUACUUGUGCUAUCCCUUGGCUGGGGUGUGCGCUGCGGCACCUGCAGCAGCGACGGCGAGGAAGUCGGGUGUCUGCAAGUCGCUUUCUCACCUUGAACAAGGGGAACUUGUUGCUGGCAGUCAUGGCACCUCUGCUCCUCGCCCUCUCACGGUGUCCGCCUGGAAGGCAUACCUGGAGCUACGGUAUGGAAAGACACACCUGCGGCAGCGGAAACAUCUGCAUUCUUCUCCCUUGAGGGCGGUGGCUUCCACUAAGGCAGCGACUUCGAACAGUGGCACCGGCCAGCACGCCGAACCCAGCGUUACUGUCGCUGCUGCUGCCGCCCCUUCAACAGCAGGCAGUCUGCACCGCACCAAAAAACGGGAGGCAAGUGGGCACACUGCAGAGUAUGAGGCGGCCCCACGACCCGCGAUGUCGUCCGUCGCUGCGCCUGCCGCUGUGGCGGCGCGCACACCACUCCUGCCGUUCGUUGCAGCAGCCUUUGCUGCGUCGUCCUCGGCGACGGCGAGCACCGCCACAUACGCUGCAGUCAUGGAUGUGGCGGCGAUGGUGUUCCUGGCGGAGCUGCGCCGUAUUGGCGCCAUCGCCAUGGUGAAGAAAGCACGGGGCGCCGUGCAGGUCCUACAGGCGUGCCACUCGGGCCGCGGUGCGGCGUCACUGUGGCAGUCGACGACACAGCAACGCGGUGGAGAAAGCUGUGGCAGUGCGGAGUCAGGCGUAUGCGUGCAAUCGACCGCCGACGCAGAGGGCGUGCGGCAGUUUUCGUCUGCCGCUGCCGAAGCCUCUUGGUUCAAGGCCGUGCAAGACAGGUGUAGCCUAUCGGUCUCCUCGCUGCAGGCCCUCUUGGAGGACGCCGUUGAGUGCGACACAUCACUGCACAGGUAUGCUUGCAGGUGUUUUUCGUCGCUGUCACCGCCGUCUGCCGCCACCAUGGCGAGCCACGUGCAAGAAUCGUCGAUGGAUGUAAGGGACGAAAAGCGCUCGCUGGUGACGGUGGCUGCGCAUCUGUGGUUGGCGCUCGUGACGGUGCUCAGUCUUGGUGAGAGUGCAACGGCCCAGUACGUACGCGGCGUACUGAUGCCGCCGGCUAGUUUUCCAGUUACGCCUUGCUCUGCCUCUCCCACAUCGGCCGCAGCCGUAGGGGCAGCGGUGGAGGCGGUUGGCGUGUCCUCGUGGCCGGUGAGGACGUCGUUGGCGCCGUUCACGAUGCCAACACUGUUUCGAAGCACGCUGGAGGAUCUGUAUCAGGAGGAGAGCGCAGCAACCGCCGCUGCUGUAGCCGUGGACGGUAACGACCACAACCCGCCAUGCCGACCGUCUUCACUGCCGCUGUGCGCGCCGGGCUUUCUGCGAGAUGAGGAGGACCCAGCGAGUAGGGCGGCAGCCAGCUGCCGAGCAACACCCGCUUCUGUGGCAACCGCAACGCUACGAGGGUAUGCGUCUUUGACCCCAGCGACUCAGGACACACUUGUGCUGAGCGCGGCAGUGGCGCUGCGGCACCCUCGCGUGAUACUCCGGCAACUUCGCUUUCUGUGGCAGCUGAGCAACUGUGAGAACCGCGACGGGUAUACGACUAAGGCCGACGACAGCUCGCACCGCUCAGCGGCGCUCAGCUCCCCGUCACCUGCCCCGCCCGAUGCCGGAAGGACAGCAGCAAGCACCCAGCGAGCCGCCGGGGCAGCGGACUACCGCGCUACUGCGACGAGCACCAGCGACCGUGCAGCGCUCUCUUUCAAGCAGGAGUUCGCCACUCGAGUCGCCAGUCUCGUGGAGUGCGUGCAGAUGGCCUCUCUUGCUGGGCUGCCGCCACCACUCGCCGCAUCACUGACGCCGUUCAGACCAUCGCCUAGCGCAGCUCCGGCGGAGGCUGCCUGCGGUGAGCUGAGUGGAGGUGCGCCUCCCUCUUCGAUGCGGCAAUGCUCGACAGGGCCAAGCACUUCGGCGGCAGAUGCGUCAGCUGCCGUCGCACCGUUACAGCAGCGGUGCGGCGCAGCAGCUUUACCACUUCCUGUGCCUCCCCCAAACGCCGAAUCUGCCAGGGCUGUCGCCGCUCAUGCGACAUCGAUUCGCCUGCGCCUGCAACUCGCGUCCAAGACGUCGCCCUCCAGCUCCGUCACAGCUGGCGUAGGGGCAUCCACGACUUCAACCACCGAUGGUGUGAAACGGUCGCGCGAGCUACGCGAGAAGGACGAGAUGGAUGUGGGCGUCACGGAGGCUGGUGCGCUGUCGAGCUCGAAAGACGUCGCGGCGAGGAACUCGCGGCCGGGGAAACUGUAUCGCAUGGAGGGCGUAGCGACGCCUUCUCUGCAACUCGAAUCGCAUCGCUGGGCACGAGCACCACCGCCGCCGCCGCCGCCACUAGAGAGCCUGGCGGAGUUGCAGGUUCGCUGGGCGGAUGAGGUACCGGAAAAGAGCGGUUCCGUGCGGCUUUUGCUCACACCUUUGGCCGCCACUUCUUCUGGGGUGAGGAGCGACGUUGAGGUCACGACGUCUAGGUCGGUGCUUCUGCUCACUGUGGUGGCUGAUACCCUCUGGGAUGCACUUCAGCACAUACACGCACAGGCACUUGGAGUGGCAGUGGGCAGCGCUCAUGUGCCUCGUGGCGAUGGCCCGACUUCGAUCGAUCCUUCAGCGGCGACAUCUGCUUCGUCUUCAGUUCUCCCAAGGGGUGCCGAGGCGACGCUAGGAGGUGUACCUGUGCGUCGUACGCUGCUGCGGCUGAGCGUGAGCCCCGCCUACCGCGCCCUGCAGCGCCUGUGGCAGGCCAUCAACCCCCCAACCGUCUCUGAGCGUAGCGUGGUCGUCUCCUCGGAAGCUGGUAUCCUCCCUCCUACUGGUGGUCCCGCAGCGCGCCACCCAAGGCUGGACGUGGUUCUCCCCGCCACUGCCUCUCGGCUGGCACCAGUGGUCGACCUGCGCGCCUACACCUCCCUGACAGCAUCGCUGCGUGGGGUUGUGUGCGUUGUGCUCGGAUACGCGGUGCAUGAGUGCCUGCAGGCCAUCUGGUGCAACUGGUGUGCGCUUUGUAACGUGCACGAAGACUCCGCGACGACGGCGAGCUGCGGUGCGGCGUCAUCUGGUUCAGCGCAACAGCCUUCGCGCACGCCUUUUUCACCUUCGCAUCGGUCGUACGCGUGGCUUACGGGGCAGCUCCGCGCACUACUCGAUGAGGUCCUUCAACCUCUAAACCGUAUUCUAAAGGUGUCUCUGUCUGGAGUGGACGACAUCGAGCCUGUCGGCGGCCGAGGUGCGUCCGAAGUCAUGAGGGGCGACGGACACGUUCUGGCAGAGCCACUUUCCUCACCGCUCAGACAGCCUGGCGCUACGCACGCGGAGAUACUCGCGACGGCAGGUUGGCUGGCCUACAAUCCCCUUGGGCUCGUUCUUUUGCCGGCUCACAUCCGCCAGCUUGACGCCGCCAUGCCUCGGUGCCUGUGCGGCGACUGCGCAGCGAUGAGUGGAGGCCUUCACCGCCUAGAUGCAUGUGAGGCGUGGACACAAGUGAAAGCCGCGCUUCAGCAAGCCGGCGUGCAGGCAUGA